UUUACUGUAGAUCUCUGGAACGAUGUCACGGACAGACAAGCCUUCAACAGAUUAUGUAAAGCUUAUAAGUAAAGACGGGUUUGAAUUUAUUAUUGAAAGAAAUGCUGCGUUAGCCUCCGGUACUAUAAAGAACAUGUUAUCAAGUCCUGGACAAUUCAUGGAAUCCGAACAGAACGAAGUUCAUUUUCGAGAUAUUACAGCUGUGAUCUUGGAGAAAGUAUGUCAAUAUUUAUAUUAUAAAGUUCGAUAUACCGGAUCUCAGACAGAAAUACCACAAUUUCAAAUUGAACCAAAUCAAGCUUUAGAAUUACUUAUGACAGCUGACUUUCUAGAUUGUUAAUUUGAAUAAUAUUAAAAAAUACAAUAAGAAUUAUUUUGUAUUAAUAUUAAGUAUCAGCUGUAACCCUUGCUCCAAUAUCAUUCAUUUGAGAAAAUAACGGAUCAUUUUCACCCAAAACAUAAGUUAGUGUCGCUUUCUUAUAAUAAUCCUUAGCAAACUUCUCCAAAUUUUCUAUAAUGUCAUCUAAUAGGUAUGCUUUAGCAAUUGCUAUUCCCCCAGUAAUAGUAUCAUUUCUAAGAUGUGUAACAUGGACAUGAAAGUGAUCUGUAAUUUAGGGAAAUAAAAAGAAUUUUU